AUGGCAGCGACAGCAACUACCUCGCAAGGGCGUCUCGAGCGUAUCAACGCCAACGCCAUGAGAGACGGAGUAGAUUUCACUGUACUCGAAUUCGCACAGCAAGCACUGGACUCAAUUGCCGCAUUUGCACAGGAUGGCGCCAACACUACUCUCCCGGAUCUCGGCAACGCGUCAAGGAUAGACACGCACACGCACCCCAUCCCAGACUGGUUCAGGACUCUCGAGCUAUCAGCAGCAGGUCGCGAAACACCAUCCUGGGAUGCACCGUCCCAUUUACGGUUCAUGGCCGACCACGGCAUCAGGAGGAGUAUUCUCAGCGUGUCAACACCGCAAGUUAACGCUUUUGCCUCGCCCAACAAGUUUGAAUCUGACCAUAACCUACGGAAGAAGAAGACCAUUGCGCUUGCACGGCUGCUGAACGAGUAUGUUGCUGAGGUGUGCAGGGUGUAUCCGGGUCAGUUUAGCUGGCUGGCUGUCACGGCGCUGCCAUAUGUUGAUGAGAGUGUAAGGGAGGUGCAAUAUGCAUUGGAAGAGCUUGGUGCAGUGGGAGUCAGUGUAUUGACGAACGCCGAGGGUUCGUAUCCCGGAGAUGUUGAGUUUGAGGGGCUUUGGCAAUAUCUCAAUGAGAGAGCACAGGAGGGAGAUGGGAGGGAGGUUGUGUUUAUUCACCCUACAGAUCCUGUGAUCAAGCUCGAGGAUGGACGACUCGUCUCAAGUCGGCCAUCACCUCUCCGCUCAGGCUUAGGAGAGUUCUACUUCGAAACUGCACGCGCAAUCUCAUCAAUCACGGCUUCCUCACCACCCUACAACAGCACUCUGCUUAAGUAUCCCCACCUACACUGGCGCAUUUCCCAUGGUGCUGGCGCGUUCCCUGACAGUAGCGAGCGCUUCCUGCUUGGUUUCCCAAAAGAAUCUGCAGCCGCAAGAGAAGCGUAUAGAACAAGAUGCUGGUACGACAGCGCAGGGCCUGUGUGGCCAAACCAGAUCAAGGGGUUGACCGAAGGUUUGGGCGUCGGGACUGAGCAGAUGGUGUUUGGAACGGAUUAUCCGUAUGGGAUCGGCUUCUGGGACGUGGAUGCUAAUAUCGCCGGACUGGCAGACGCGAGUUUCAUCGGCGAAGAAGAGAAGGAGGGUGUCUACUGGCGGAACGCGCAGAGCUUGUGGCAAGGGAAGAUGGAAACUUGA